AUGGUGGACACACAGCACUUCUGCCUGCGGUGGAACAACUACCAGAGCAGCAUCACCAGCGCCUUCGAGAACCUAAGGGAUGACGAGGACUUCGUCGACGUGACGCUCGCUUGCGACGGGCGCAGUCUGAAGGCGCACAGGGUGGUCCUGUCAGCCUGCAGCCCCUAUUUCAGGGAGCUCCUGAAGUCGACGCCGUGCAAGCACCCGGUCAUCGUGCUGCAGGACGUGGCGUUCACCGACCUGAACGCCCUCGUCGAGUUCAUAUACCACGGCGAGGUGAACGUCCACCAGCGCAGCCUCUCCUCGUUCCUCAAGACCGCCGAGGUGCUGCGCGUUUCCGGCCUCACUCAGAACGAUGACGCCCAGGGGCCGCUGCUGCAGAACCUGACGCGCGCCGCCGCCGCCGCCGCCUCGCCGCGCACCCCGCCCCACGCCGCGCACACGCCGCACACGCCGCACACGCCGCACACGCCGCACACGCCGCACACGCCCAGCUACACGGACAAGCUGGAGGAGGCGCUGCUCUCGCACCCUCCCCCCGCGGUGGCCGCCCACCUGCUGCGCCGCCCGCCCGCGCCGCGCCGCCACAGCCGCUCCGCCGACAACUCGCCCGACGUCAUCAAGCGCACCCGCCACGACAACAACAACGACCAGCCGCAGCUGCACGCGGCCGACUUCUCCACCAAGCCGCACCUGGGCCGCCACGAGGGGAACGGCAACGGCGUCUCCAACAGCAGCAGCUCCCCCUCCCCCCGCCUGGACGAGGUGAAGAACGAGCCCGUGGACAUGAUAUGCGGCCCCAACGCGGACAUCGACCGCAGCGACGACACGCCGCCCCACUCGCACCACAGGUCUAUGGGAGGGCCGCCGUCUCGCGGCAGCUCGGCCGACGCCGACGACCGCACCCCGCCCCCGCAGCUGCCGCCGUCGCCUUUCAUCCAGCCGACUGACACCAAACUCUUCGCACCGUCUAACACCUACAACUUCAGCAUGGCCGCGCUCACCGAUCACUCGUCGCUUGCCGGACUGCCGAGCCCUUUGGCCCCCGACGGCAUGGCGAGCACAUCUCAAGGUGGCGCCCGCACCCCCCAGGAAGAUUACAGAUGCGAGCCCUGUAACAAGAGCUUGUCCUCACUGACGCGGCUCAAACGUCAUAUUCAGAACGUUCACAUGAGACCCUCGAGGGAGCCCGUCUGUAAUAUUUGCCGGCGGGUAUACUCCAGCCUGAAUAGUCUGAGGAACCACAAGUCUAUCUACCAUCGCAAGCAGCAGCCGCCCUCCACGGCCGGCCAGGGCCCUUUCUACCCGCGGGGCGCCCUGAGCUCCGGCGCGGCUCCGCUUACACGACCCCGCCUCUUGGAACCAAUUGGGACAUCUCUGAUCGGUACACGCAUAACCACCAACGUUAAAUUUUUUUUCCUGUUGCAACGAGAAAAAAAUGAGCGCAUUAGUCAAGCCCGGUGGCCGGAUCGCGUUGAAUUGCCUCGACCAAGCCGCGUUUCGCAAAAUAGCCACGCCGUAGAGACGAUUAGGAGGCGCCGCGUGGCGCGCCUUUGUGCCAAUUGGUUCCUAACGUUUGGGAGCCGUUGGAGGCGGGCGGGUGCGCUGGGCGCGCCGUUGACUAAUGCGCUAAUGUUGGUCGUUAUGUGUGGCGCAGUGGGCCCCCUGGGCGCGGGGCACCGCUGCGAGGUGUGCGGCAAGCUGCUCUCCACGCGGCUCACGCUCAAGCGGCACACGGAGCAGCAGCACUUGCAGCCGCUGCACUCGGCGCGCUGCGGCCUGUGCCACAAGGUGUUCCGCACCCUCAACUCGCUCAACAACCAUAAGAGCAUCUACCACCGGCGCCAGCGCGGCCCGCCGCACCAGGCGCAGCCGCAGAACCUUAGCACCGCCGCCGACGCCAAGCUCAACCCGCCCCACCACAACAUCGACUUCUACAAGUUCAAAGACCACUUCGACGUC